AUGCUGGACAUAUAUCACUACUUUUGUCUUGGAGUUGUGGCAUCCGAAAAUGACAAUGAAGCAAAACUCAACGUUUGUUGCUCGUCUUUGACAGAUUUAGAUGGUGGUCAGUGCUUGUCUUUUGGAUGUCCUCUGCAACAUUCCGAAAACAUACAAAACCCUUCUCGAUCAAAGGAGUGGCGGCAGAAAGUUCCAUCUGCAGUUCAACUAAAGAAUGCAGGAGUUGUAUUAAAGGCCGAUAGUAAAAAAGUGGUCGACACUAGAUUUGAGGGAAAAACCCUCACUUUGCCUUCGCUAAAAUUGGAUGUGGACUCAGAAAUAUAUGUAGGAAACUUAGUGGCCCUGGAGAAUUCCUCUCCGUACUACAAGAGCAAAUCAAUGACUGCAUAUAUAAAGCUGAUGUAUGAGCUGUGCAAAACAGAGAAAAGAGUAGAUGUGAUGAGAGAAGAGGGCGUCCUUGUUGGUAAUCUUUGGCAGCACUCUGAUGCCGUCCGAGUCUUCAGCUUGUGUAAGCAAUCACAUUUAUCGGCAAGCCAAGAUUUAUUUGAAAAGACAAGGAGAAAACUGAUCAAAUACUGCAAUAGGAAAUUUUGGACCGCUGCGGCAAUACUCUGGAAUGAAUUCUGUAACGCUUACGGUUCAAAACCAUGGCUGGUGGUUGGAGGCUUCGGAGGAACCCUUGUCCUCUGUCUUACUGCGAUUCAGGUCUUUUGCUUGUUUAAGCACUAUGGACCACGAUGUGCAUAA